UGCAUCCUUACUUGGAUCCAUAAGUUUUGAAUAGAUAACGAUUAAUUAGCAAAUCCAAUUUUUAUAUAUUGCUUGUGUGAAGCACCUUCCAUAACAAGGGAUAUAUCAUCAUGCAUGUCAUGACAACUACGUACUUUGUGUUUGUAUUUUCUUUAAUAUUGCAUUUCUUGUCCAUUAGGGUUCUUUGCUUACACUUUUCUGAUGUUAUAGAUUGGGACAGCUCAUAUUCAUAUAUAUUCACGAGAUUAAUUAGUUGACUUAAAAAAGGUCCAAGCCAAUCAAAACGAGCCACAUAGACAUCUUCUUCCAUUCUCCUGGAUAGAGGAUUUCCCAAUUGAUGGGAGAAGACGAGGAAGGUGCAGUAACCAAAGCACAAUAUUAUAUAUUGUGGGAUUUUUCCAUGGUCAAACUUAAGGCUAAAGAUAUAUAGAAAUUGACUUCAAGUGGAAGAAGAAGAAAAGGAACGAGCCAUGGAAGGUACAGUUUUACUUAGAUUGGUAGUUGUGGGUUGCCGCACCGCACGCCUUCCCCACUUGGUUUACAACUUCCCGCGGUGGCUGCCUGGUUUGUAGAACCGUGUGUCUUAAGGUAUUGCAUGACGUCAGGUUACUAUUUUCUGAGAAUAUUCCCCCCUUCUCCAUGUGAAGAAGAAAAGCUCAAAUAUAAAUCUCCUUCAACAAACGGCAAGUUAACUUAUACAUCAAGCCAAGGAGCAGGGUAUUAGAUGACGACAUAUAUAUGAGAUCCUCGUGUUGCAAUUAAGAUUAGAUAGUUAAACGUGUGCACAUGUAUUAAUAGAAUCACAACAAAAAAAAAGUAAGCGACACGAGAGCUACAUACCGUGGAUAAUAGAACAAGAAGUAAAUUAAUAAGAAUUGAUAUUCCGAAAGAUCGUAUGAGUUUUAUGGAUUUGUGGAUUUUUUCCACGUCUAAUGAAUGGAGUUGCAGCUAGGGAAUUACUCGUGUUUUGGGUUGAUAUGCUUAUGAGUACAUAUGGUAUCAGUUUUCUUUCAAUGAAAUUCGGCAAUUGACAUGAGAUGUAAAUCUGGGCAGAAAACCUUAUGGUGUAACAAAUGUGCUCAUGAAUACCCAUACUCAAAAUGAAUCUGCUUCACAGGGUAGGAGAUAUGCAACACUACUACUAUAUUUUUGUCCUUAAAGAAAUAACAUUACUCAUGCAUACUUGACCAGUUGUUGAUUCUUGGUUCAAGAUUUCAUUUGAAGGCAUGUUGCACUCUUUCCAAACUCACGAUCGAGUACGAAUUAACUAACAACAAGAUGGUGUCGAAAGGCAACCAUGUCCAUCCACCAUUCCAAACUCCCCGAGCACAAACAAUAAGAGAAUAUAUUUGUAAUCCACAGUAGGCAAAUAUUCCAUGUCUAAAGAAGUCCAAUGAAGAGAAAAGGAGGUGCAAAUGUGUUUCAACAAUACGAAAACAAUCAAUAAGCUAAAGAACUCUAAUGGAGAGGGGGAGUUGAGAAAGGAAGUGCAACCGUGAUCAAUACGCUGAAGACUAUGGACGGGAGAAGCCAAGGGAAGUGUUGUUUAAGCAAAAAUAAAAGGUUGUGGGGUUCGAACACAGACACUUAUGUGGAGAUAUCUUAAGAAGUCCAAUGAAGACUGUUCCAACAAUAGAAAAACACUCAAUAAGCUAAAGAACUCUAAUGGAGAGGAUGAAAAGUUGGGAAAGAAAGCGCAACUGUGAUAAAUAAUAAGCAAACACUCAAUAUGCUAAAGAACUUUAAGAGAGUUGCAAGAGUGGAGACUAUGGAUGGAAGAAGUCAAAGGAAGUGUUGUUUAAGAAAAUAAAAUUGCUGGCUAUGGGGUUCGAACCCAUGCGCACUUAUGUGCAGAAGAUCUUAAGUCUUCCCCCUUAACCUCUCGGGCAAACCAGCCAGCAUGCUUACUUUUUCGCUACGUGAGAAUUCAGCCAUGCAGCCAGAUACUUCAGAUCGGAUUUGCUUUCUGGAUGGGCUUUUAGGCCGUUGAUGAAAUAUGACGGGCCGGCUUGAAAGGCCCGUGACUCUGAGCCAUAUAACCAAGAGGUUUGUUUUCUUUGUAUGAGUAACAUAAGUUAGGGUGCAAGGGAUGCAACAAUGUUGCCGGCCGGAGGAGAGCUGUGGGCAACAAGGGGCAGCUGAUGUCCAUGAUGAUAUAUUGGGGUGGCCGUUCGGUUACCGGUUAUCGGUUAACCGACUGAUUAAACCGAUAACCGGUCGGUUAUCCACUAACCAGUAACUGAUCUUCGGUCGGUUAUCGGAGGCUGGAUAAAAUGAUUUUUGGUCUUAAAAGUGAUUUGGUUAACCAAUAACCGAGAUAACCGAGAAACCAAACCUUAUUUCGGUCGAUUUUCGGUAGAGCAGGUGAUUAUUUCGGUUAACCGAUAACCGGCCGAUCGGUUACCGGUUAUAACCGAAAUAACCGAACUGCCACCCUAAUGAUAUAGCCUUUUCCUUAACAUAUUUACCAAAUCAUCCACUUGGGACCUUGAAGAUGCUGUUGUUGCUAGUACGUAGCCCUAACAAACAAGUCGACGACGCCUCUCUAGUCUCUAGUCCCAAAGUGCAAAGCUCAAGUUGGCGUGAAAAUGAACCUCACCGUCGAAUAAUCACCUACAGCAACGCCCACCAUAACGGAAAGUCCACGCCUGCAUGAUCACAGCCAAUCAGAUAUCCAGAAAAUCUAAGGGCAUUGACUUUAAUACAAACCAACCGUUUCCUGACAUUUGGCGCUCCCACGAAUAUUGUGGCAGAAACGGUAAUUAAACCCCCAACCUAGUGGCAUUUCCGGAUCAAGCUCUGGCCUCUCCUCCUCUCCUUCGGUUGUUAAAACCUCUCUUUCCUCGCUACACGAAAAACCCUCUUUUUCCGCCUCCAGAGAGAGUUUCCUCUUUCUCUCGCCGCCACCCCAAAGACAAAUGGCCGGGCUGAGCCGACUGGGAUCCGCGGCGGCAGUAGCAGCAGCUCCAUCGUCGGCCCUCCGACGCCUCGGGUUCCUCACCGCCAGUCGAGCUUGCUACGGAUCAGCGGCGGCGGCUGUGGAGUACCAGUACUCCGACGACGAGGAGGAAUGCUGCAAUUACUCCGGACAAGAUGGUUCUCCGUCGCGACGGGGCAUGCGGGCGGCGGCGGCGGGUUCAACGUGGGAGAGAGGUGUUCAGUGGGUGUUGAUCGGCGAUCCCGGAGCGAAGAAACGCCUCUAUGCGGAGAAACUGUCGCAGGUCCUGGAAGUUCCUCACAUUUCCAUGGGCACCCUCCUUCGCCAGGAGCUCAGCCCUCGCUCUGCUCUCUACAAGCUGAUAUCAAAUGCUGUGAAUGAAGGGAAGCUAGUGCCAGAGGAGGUCAUAUUUGGGUUGUUGUCAAAGAGGCUUGAAGAGGGAUACUCCAAAGGUGAAAGUGGAUUCAUUUUGGAUGGUAUUCCCAAAACUAGAAUGCAAGCUGAGAUUCUUGAUCAAAUUGCUGACAUUGAUCUAGUGGUAAACUUCAAAUCAGCAGAGCAACAGCUGUUGAGAAGAAACUAUGUCGGCUUAGGACAUUCUCCGUCUGUGGGUGGAUCGGAUGAGAGUUCGUGGGGGGAGAAGUUCCGCUUGUAUGCAGAAGAGGGCAAGGCAGUGGAAGAUUACUACAGGGAGCAGAGGAAGCUUCUCGAUUUCCAAGUCCCUGGUGGACCAGGAGAAACAUGGCAAGGCUUGUUGGCUGCUUUGCAUCUCAAGCAAGCAAACGCCGUUCUGUCUUCCAAGAAGCUUGCUGCUUAAUCUGUGUGUAGCUUCUUUAUGCCAAGAGGUGGCCCGGCUGAUGAUUCUAGUAAAUAUGUAUACCGCAGAGAGAUGCGAGAGUAUUGUUUUGGCAGAAACCAACAAUUGCCAGCUGAAAUUUUGAAGCUUUAUGUUCCAUUCAGUAGGGUUUCUCUUUCCAUGAUAUGUAGAUUGUGAGCUGGAGAUGCAAUUUUGAGGAGUUUGCAUUGUUGCUUUUGUAAGGGCUUUUGAGUGGUUUUUGGCCAAAAGGACAAUUGGCAUCCGGGAAAAGUUAUUACUAAAUCAAAACAAGCAUAAUUUUAUGCUUUCUAUCAAUACAAGAUCCUUUUGCUU